AUAAUUUUUAAUAAAUCUUUACAAUCCUCAGUGUUUCCACUGGACUGGAGAAGGGGAGUAAUAACACCCGUGUACAAGUCUGAUAAUAAGAACGACACACAGAAUUAUAGACCAAUAACGUUAUUAAGUUCUUUUGCGAAAAUAUUCGAGAGUAUUAUUUUUGAUAAUAUAUACGCGGCAGUCUCAGGGAUCAUUAUAGAGGAACAACAUGGAUUUGUUAAGGGUAAAUCCACAUUGACAAAUCUUGGUAUUUUUUCAACUUACUUAUCUGAGAAUAUUGAGAAGGGUUACCAGAUUGAGACUAUCUAUGCAGAUAUCUCAAAGGCAUUUGAUAGGGUUGAACACAAUAUACUAUUGCAUAAACUUAGAUCUAUAGGAAUUUCUGAUAACAUAGUCAAUUUUUUCAAAAGUUAUCUUUCUGAUAGGUGUCAGGUAGUCAGGGUCAAUAGUAUUUAUAGCGAUCCUUUUUUAGCAACCUCGGGUGUUUCGCAGGGAUCACGUCUUGGUCCCUUAAAUGUUUGUGAUAUAUAUGAAUGAUAUUAAACCCAUCUUUAAGCAUUCCUUGUUUCUGCUCUAUGCGGAUGAUUUAAAAUGUUUCAUAAAAACUAAGCUUCCAACCUUUCAAGAGGACUCCUCGGAUUUGCAGUCAGAUCUGAGGAGUCUACAAGUUUGGUGUAACGAUAAUCACCUCAGUAUAAAUACUAACAAGAGUUAUGUUAUGUCUUUCACUAAGGGUAGGGUUAAUUUAUUUGACUAUAUUCUUGAUGGGAUUGUUUUGGUCAGAGUGACAAGGGUGCGAGAUUUGGGUGUUUCAUUUACUAACGAUUUUUCUUUUAAUGAGCGCAUAACUGAAACUGUAUCUAAGGCUACAAAAUCUCUUGGGUUCAUAAUGAGGAAUGCUUCAGUGUUUAAUAAAAUUAUCACUGUUAAAACCUUGUUUCUGACGCUUGUUAGAUCUAUGAUCGAGUAUGCAUGUGUGAUUUGGUCUCCAUUCUAUGUUUUUAAUAUAAUCAGACUUGAACGUGUUCAGAAUAGAUUCCUGAGAUUUGCUGCUAGACUGCUUAAUAUUCCUUUUGAUUUUUAUACACAUGACUAUAAACACUUGAGGGUUAAAAUGAAUAUUCCUACUUUAACUUCGAGAUUCUAUUUUUCUGAUAUGUCUUUUCUGUACAGGCUGUUGAAUGGAGCUAUUUACUGCCCUUCACUUCUUUCAAUGGUUAACUUACGAGUUCCUAGAACAAUAACGAGAUUCAACACUCUAUUCUCAGUUCCUUUUCACAGAACUAAUUAUGGAAAUAAUUCUUUAAUACAUCGACUAUGUAGAGAAGCUAACUCAAUUGAGAGUGAUGUUGAUUUUUUUGAUACUAAUGCUUUAAGAUUUUCAUUACGAUUGCGAAGCCUACUUUUUAAUUCAAACAGAUAUGUGACAUAGGCUACCUAGCAUUUAAGCUUAUAUUUGUUUCAUAUUGUAUUUACUAGUUUUAUGAGUACUUUGUACAAAAGGGCUUGUCCCGUGAUUUUCCAAAUAAAUAAAUAAAUAAAUUACACGGGAAGGAUCUAACCAACAGUGACCGCGCACUGACAAAACCUCCACAUCGAAGGUGCUCUUGUCGAGCUUGAGUUGGCUCUCAGCAAGGAAAUUCGGUCGUCUCGCACAAGCCUUCCUUCAACGUCUGUGCGCUUGUAUAAAAGUAGCACACGCACACUGGGAGUUUCACUCUCCUCCAGUGUCUUACACAGGAAGGAUCUAACCAACAGUGCAGCGCACUGACGAAACCUCCACGGCAUACGGUGCUCUUGUCGAGCUUGAUUUAUAGCUCUACAAGGAAAUUUAGUCGUCUCGCACAAGCCUUUCGUCAACGUCCGUGCUGUUUGUAUAAAAAGAGCACACGCACACUGAGAGCUAUCACUUUCCUCCAGUGUCUUACACAGGAAGUAUCUAUCUACGAAACCUCCACUGCAACGGUGCUCUAGUCGAGCUUGAUAAGGAAAUUCAUUCGUGUCUUUCUUUAACGUCCGAGCCUUCUUUGCAAAAGAGCCUUUCUAGUCGAAAAUUGUCGAAUUGCCAAUUCUACAAUCACUUUCCUCCAGUGUCUUACACGGGAAGGAUCGAACCAUCAGUGCAGCGCACUGUCAAAACCUCCACUGCAAACGAUUCACCGAGGAAGAAGAGUAUUUUAAGAAAACUAGCGCCUCAGACGGCCUUCGGCCGUCUUCGUUGCUUCUAUUCCUUCUUCAUUUUUGUUCAAUUUUUAAAAGUUACAAUGUUCAGUUUUUUAAUUUAAUAAUUUUUUAUAUAAAACCAGAGCCCUCGUCGACCGCUUGGCGGUCGACUUUGUUGCUGCUUUAUUCUUAAUUCUAUUUUAAUUUUUAAUUAAAUUCUAUUUUAUAUUUUUAAUUAUUAUAUUUUUAUUAUUUGAUAUCCUU